CUUGAAAGAGAACCACCACCGGGAAUCACUUGCUAUCCAAAAGAAGACGACAUUACCCAGUUAGAAGCAUAUAUCAAAGGGCCACCUGAUACGCCUUAUGAGAAGGGGCUAUUCAAACUUGAUAUUCAGAUACCUUUAAAAUAUCCAUUUGAGCCACCUCAGAUUCGCUUUAAAACACUCAUUUACCAUCCCAACAUUGACGACAGUGGACGCAUUUGUGCAGACAUUUUAAAAACGGGUGGGUGGAAGCCUGCACUUAAUCUCUCAACCACUUUAAUAUCCUUAUCUCAAUUACUUGCUCAUCCAAAUCCUGACGAUCCUUUGGAUGCUGAUAUUGCAAAGGAGUAUUAUAUAGACUACCCUCAGUUUAAACAAAAGGCUGAGGAAUACACAUUGAAAUAUGCCACAAAA